AUGCCACAUCGAGAUAAUGCGAACAUUAUACGCGAAAAUGGUCUACCACGAAGGCUGCGAACGGCGUACACCAACACGCAACUAUUAGAAUUAGAAAAGGAAUUCCAUUUCAAUAAAUAUCUUUGUCGACCGAGGCGUAUCGAGAUAGCUGCCUCACUAGAUCUUACUGAGAGACAGGUGAAAGUCUGGUUUCAAAACAGACGUAUGAAGCAUAAACGACAAACCCUAAGUAAAAGUGAAGACGGAGAUGACAAGGAUUCGACAACAUCAGAAGGCGGGAAGAGUUCGAAAGCGCGAGAUAAAUUCCUUGACGACGACGGACCGCUUUCCGGCAAAAAGAGCUGUCAGGGAUGUGAGUUACCGCCUGGUGCUUUGUGUUCGCCGGCUGAAGAUUUACCAGAACUCACUUCACGCACGAGGAACAAUAACACGCCGAGCGCAACAAACAACAAUAGUUUUGCUAGUGACGGCGCUUCAAGUGUGGCUUCCUCGUCCUCCCUCGAUAAGUUAGCCGAGGACGACUCAAGAGAUGCGCAUCCUGUUGCAACAAUCGCUACUGCACCGCGAAUUCUGUCAAAAAAGAUUAAACAAGAGUCAAGAAAGCGUUCACCUUCAUUAGAUGCAACGGGCUGCAAAGUUUCACCGUCUUCUUCAAAAGAUGGUCUUAUAGCAGUUGCAGGGGUAGCCGACACGGGAAAAUUUUCUUCUGUCAGUUUAACACCGUCUUCUACACCCGGUACACCCUCAAGCAUGCACCAAAGUCCACUUGGACAUUAUCCACGCCCGUCACCGCCGAACGUACCUUCAGGAGCUCCUCAUCCACAAACAGUACCUAAUGCGAUGCCGCCAUACGUCAUCCGAGGCAAUGUACCACCCGGUCAGUUUGGACCUCACGCAGACUUUCGAAUGGAUACAAAACAAUUCGUUGGGAAAUUAGCUCAAUACCCACAGGGCAACAGAACUUACGAUGGAUAUGGUCCUGCUUUGCAGGGUGUCGAACAACAUAGUUACGCCCGCAAUCAACAGCACACUAGGCCUCAAGAAGGUUCACCUUCAACUAGAUCAACCAAUGGUGUCGGUAGACAAGCAUAUCCCCAUGAAAUGUAUCAAAACUACAGUUAUACCGCUUACGGAAAGGAGCAAAUAGCCUACGGUCAUCCGGGGUACGACCAACCACAGGGUUAUCCAGGGGAGCAUAUGGCAUAUUCUAACAGCCACUACGGCUAUCAUUAUCAUGAGAGUGCACAACACGAACAUGCUCAUGCGUAUUAUGGAGGAGAAGGUCAAAAGAAUACACCUGGAAACGAAUAUAGUCGAUGGAGCGACACGAGUAAUUAUAACCAGCAGGCCGCGGUUACUCCAGCCGGAUACGGUCCUGGAAGCGUUCAACCACCAGCUCCGAACGAGGCCUAUGGAAGCAGUGGAGAAUGCGCCGAUGGUUAUGGAUCUUUCCAACAAUUUUACGAAGCAACGCACGGGACACCGGCAACCGGGGAAAAUUCCAACUCUUCCUCAGACUUCCACUUCUUGAGCAACCUCGCUAACGACUUCGCACCUGAAUACUACACUAUUUGA